UCUUGGAAGUUUAGAGCUUAAGUAAGGCGUACAAUAACGAUGUAAAGUAGUCAUAAGUAAUUAGGAAAUAUAAUAGGAUUCCAUUCGAGUGUCUAUACUAUCACUCAACUUGUGUAUAAAGAAUUGUUUACCGGUAUUUAUUUUGUUACUGGUUCUUUUGUUUGGAAUGCACAUUACAAAAAACAGAGCUAAAGUGAUAACAAAGCUAAAGCAAUGUUUUUGAAAAUUUAGUGUAUGAGAGAAAAUGGAUAGAAUAGCGAGACGAAAACAUAAUAUUGAGAUUUCUGUUGUGCUUAACGUAUAACAAAUAGUAUUCACGGGUAUCAGUGUUGUUUCCAUAUGAACUGUAAAAAAUGCAGUAAUAUUCGCUGGAGUGUACCAACAUCAUGUCUAUGGAACGUUUAAUUGAGAGUACGAGAGCAGGGCAAAGAUGUCCAAAACCUUUGGCUGAUAUUAAACAACCACAUUGUGGUGGAAAGGAAAUAAAUGUGCUUGUGUUAGGGAAACGGUCGGUCGGAAAAACAGCUUUGAUUGUGAGAUACUUAACCAAGCGAUUUAUAGGAGACUACAACUCGGAACUUGAAAUACUAUACAGUCAUUGUACAGUUAUAGAUGGCAAACACGUGACGUUACACAUCAUAGACACACUUGGACAGGUUAAGAAAGAAGACGUUAGUGAAGAACAAGUUAAAUGGGCAGAUUGUGUUGUAAUCGUUUACGCUAUUGUUGACAGAAACAGUUUUGACAUAGCUCGAAGCAUAGCGGAACAUAUUCAGAUAAUGCGAGAAGACAAUCAAGUACCAAUCGGCAUCGUGGCUAAUAAAUCCGAUCUCAUUGACAGGAAGGAAGUGUCGGAUACAGAUCUUUCAAGAACAUGUGCUGAAUUCAACUUGUUAUACUUUGAAACUUCGGCAAGUGAAGCGAGGGCAAGUGUUUUAGAGGUUUUUACAGUAUUAGCACGCCAAGUAAGAAUGAUUAUGAAAAAGCGGGAAAAGUUGACUCGAUUUAUGUCGAAUCCUGCAGUUGCUGCUAAAUUACAAAUCCAGCAAUCUCUUAGAAGUCUCGCGGAGAAAACCUGGCGAUCUAGAACGUCUACAUUAUAGCCCGUGAAACUCAUGUGAUAAAGUGUUUUAUUAUUGAUGUACAUAUCUAAUAAUGAGUGAAUCAAUGUUUCUUCUAUAGAUGAAAUUUGUACAUGAUAAAAUGUAAUUUAAUUAAAGUGUAUAUUUAUGUAAUAAUCGUCUUUCAUCAUACAGUAUUAUUUUGUGAUAUAUUUCAAUCUUGCUUCUGAGGUUUUGAUC